AAGUUCAUUUUGUCACAAAGUCUUUUGUUGUUAUUUUAGGAGCUUCAUUUUCGUUUACAAUAUUUAAUUUCGUAUUACUGCUUAGUGAAAAGAAUUUCUAAGUAUUUAUUGUUAUCAAUCAGGGAUUUUAAAUUUAAUUUAAAGAAUACAAAUCGAGCAGUAGGUUACUAGUAGAUAAACAAUUUUGCUGUAAGUUUAUUGGUAGGCGCUUAUUGACUAUAGCCUGAGGUGGUCAAAACACGUGGUCUCAAGAUUGAUCAUAUCAGAUGACGAGGUUGACAGUUUGGCACAAGCUUUGUAAAUAUACUCAAACCACGGAAAUUGGGCGCCCCGUGGAGUCUAGAUAAACACAGACGUCUGAAACGUAAUAACGCUGACCACAGUAUAUGCACGCUUCCGCAAUGGCACGCCGAGAGAAAACCGUAGACCUGAAUUACAUCGAUACCGAAUUCUCUUCUGGGGACUCUAAAAAGAUGAAAUCGAAACGCUACCAGGAGGAAAACAACAACGAGGUCGAUGAGCUCUCGAAGGAAUUGUCAGAGAUGGGAUGCAUAGUGGAUGCUGUAAAGAGACCGAAUAUAUGCGUGGAGAACUGCGUCUACGAUGGAUCUGAGUCUGAGCAUGAGAAGUCCGAGGUCUAUAACGAAGAGGAUGCGUACUCCGACGAAUUUGAAGAAGAUAAAAGUGAGGAAGAGGAAUCUGUGAAGUCCCUCCCUAAGUCUGAAAUGAGUGACACGAGCAGGGAGCAGACUUUAAGGUCUUCCGUGAAACUGACCAAAAGUCAGUCUUCUAUGUCGAGUAAUAAACCGCCUGUAUCCGUUUCUGGGAGAUCGACUAGUUUUGGAUCAAUAUCAGGCCUGAAAACUCGCCGCAUCAACAUGUCGUUCACUAAUGAGAGGCUUCGGGAGAUUGAGAGGCACAACCACAUACUGCUGACGAAGAUCUUGAGCGCCAGAAACGCGAGGAAGUGCUCCAUCCCGCCGCGGGAACAGGCGCUCCGGAGACCGGUGCCCUCUGCCGCUGUGUGCCGGAAGAGUCAGCAGAGGCAGAUCGAUCAUGAUAAUAUGAUUCUUCUCAAGAAGAUCCAGCGAGCGAAGUCGUCAGCUUGCAGCAUCCGUCGUUGAUAUAGAAGCGGCGUCCGAUGCGCGGGCGCAGCUCUGUUAUAUUGCCAAUAUUGUACACUGUUACUGUCACCUCUACGAGUGAUGAUACUGUUAAUAAAUUUAUUAAUCGAGUUUUUUAAUGUA